AUGUCCUAUUACAGCCAUCUUUCUGGUGACCUGGGCUGCGGUGUGGCUGUGGCUAUGGGAAGCACUGUGUCUGUGGCUGAGUAAGGCAGGUGCAGACAUGGCUGCCACCCAUCUUACUCUGCCAGGUAA